GGACUAUCGCCGCACAAAGAGCAUUUCUAGAGAGAAGUGAGAGAGAAAGCGAGAGAACGUCGACGAGAGACCAAAAGAAAGCUUCGACGAUUGAAGAUGUCUGGCUGGGAUGAAGGUGCGGUACACUACAGCGACCAAGCACAGUUCCCUCAUGGCGCCGGCGCCGAUCCCGAACAGGCGGCGAACCGCCACACGGUACUCAGGAAGUUUAAAGAGUUCAUCAGGAACUUCGCUCGUCCGAACGAGCCCAACGUCUUCCCUUACAGAGAAAGCCUUGUUCAAAAUCCGAAGUUCCUCCUCGUUAAUCUAACCGAUCUCCUCACCUAUGACAAAGAUCAAGAUCUUCGAGAUUUGCUCCGGAAAAACCCUUCCGAUUACCUCCCUCUGUUCGAAACUGCUGCGGCAGAGGUGAAUGCAAAUUUGAAGGCAAGAGUUGCCGGAGAAACUGGAGAAAUGGAGGAGCCACAGACAGGGGAGGUUCAAAUUUUGUUGAAAUCAGAUGAGGAUCCUGUAUCAAUGAGAGCCCUCGGGGCACAAUACAUAUCCAAACUGGUUAAGAUAUCUGGGAUUACUAUUGCUGCAUCUCGUACAAAGGCUAAAGCAACUUACGUGACUUUGUUGUGUAAGAACUGUAAAAAUGUGAAGGUGGUUCCUUGUCGCCCUGGGCUUGGUGGAGCAAUUGUGCCAAGAUCAUGUGACCAUGUAGCACAGAUGGGUGAAACACCAUGCCCUGUUGACCCAUGGAUUGUAGUCCCAGAUAGAAGCAAGUAUGUUGAUCAACAAACCUUGAAACUUCAAGAAAAUCCUGAGGAUGUCCCAACUGGUGAGCUACCAAGGAACAUGCUUUUAUCUGUAGACAGACAACUUGUACAAACAAUUGUACCUGGUACAAGACUGACUAUAAUGGGAAUUUACAGCAUAUUUCAAGCUUCCAAGACAUCCACAUCUCACAAAGGAGCAGUUGCUAUUAGACAACCGUAUAUAAGAGUUGUUGGAAUAGAAGAAACAAACGAAGCUACUCGUGGUCCUGCCAAUUUCACACAAGAAGAGGUUGAAGAAUUCAAGAGAUUUGCAGCAGAAGGCAAUGUAUAUGAAAACAUAUGUUCCAAGAUUGCCCCUUCUAUAUUUGGCCAUGUGGAUGUUAAAAAAGCUGUGGCUUGUCUCCUGUUUGGAGGAUCAAGGAAGACUUUGCCUGAUGGUGUAAGAUUGAGGGGUGAUAUUAAUGUUUUGCUCUUGGGAGACCCAUCCACUGCAAAAUCACAGUUUCUCAAGUUUGUUGAGAAGACUGCUCCUAUAGCUGUUUACACUUCUGGGAAAGGCUCAUCUGCAGCUGGGCUUACUGCUUCUGUCAUUCGUGAUAACAGCACUCGCGAGUUUUAUCUGGAAGGAGGGGCUAUGGUCUUGGCUGAUGGUGGUGUUGUCUGCAUUGAUGAAUUCGACAAAAUGAGACCAGAAGACAGGGUUGCCAUACAUGAAGCCAUGGAACAACAAACAAUAUCCAUAGCCAAAGCAGGAAUAACAACAGUUCUCAAUUCCAGAACUUCUGUGUUAGCUGCAGCAAACCCUCCAUCAGGCCGUUAUGAUGAUCUCAAGACUGCACAAGAUAACAUUGACUUACAGACUACAAUCCUUUCAAGAUUUGACCUCAUCUUCAUUGUCAAAGAUAUCAAGAUGUUCAGCCAAGACAAGAAAAUAGCGACUCAUAUUAUUCAGGUCCAUACAUCUGCUAAUGCAGCGGGUGAACCUAGGGAUACUAAAGAUGAUAACUGGCUUAAAAGGUAUAUUCAGUACUGUCGCAGCAUGAGUCAACCUCGCCUAUCCGAUUCUGCAGCUACUUCGUUGCAGCAGACUUAUGUUGAAAUUAGACAGAAAAUGAGGAAACAGGCAAACGAAACUGGUGAAGCGACAGCUGUACCAAUAACAGUGAGACAGCUGGAAGCGAUAGUUAGGUUGAGCGAGUCGCUAGCAAAGAUGAGACUGUCAAAUGUGGCGAAUGAUAUUGAUGUUGUGGAAGCAGUUAGACUGUUUGAGAAUUCAACGAUGGAUGCUGCGAAAUCUGGGAUAAAUCAACAUAUCAAUUUGACCCCUGAGAUGGCAAAUGAGAUAAAGCAAGCGGAAAGUCAGAUAAAGAGAAGAAUGGGAAUUGGGUCUCAUUUAUCGGAGAGAAGACUGAUUGAUGAUUUGACAAGAAUGGGGCUGAAUGAGUCGGUUGUGAGGAGAGCAUUGAUAAUAAUGCAUCAAAGGGAAGAAGUUGAAUACAAGAGAGAAAGGCGUGUCAUUUAUCGCAAAGCUUAGCUUUAAAUCCUUUUUAUCAUUGGAUUGGGAUUGAAAAUGUCAUUUAGCAAGUUAUUAGUUGUUUUAUUUUUACAAGAAACCUUUUAACUUUAAUUUGAAUCACUUGUGUUUGUGGUUGA